CUGCACUCUGAAUCAUCACCAAGUUGACACGGCCACCCCUGAAUUGACACUUACGUAUCUGUCUUUACUGCUCGCACUUCACCUCACAAAACCCAUUUGUUCCCCAAUCCUCAAGAACACCCAAAUCAAUUUUUGUAGCAAUUCCAAGUCUUUUGAGCAUGAAACCUGCUAGAUUGCUAACCACUAAUCCAUCAAGACCAAUCCUUUUCAAGCCACCCACGUUGGGUUCAAAUGUCAAUUGGGUCUACGGCCGUUUCCGGCCCCCGGGUGUUCGAUUUCCGCUCGCAUGUUUGGCCACCAGCUCUACACAUGAUACCCAUUUGACAGCUUCGCCGACCAAGAUCGCCGAGGUUGGUUCUUCCGGCGUGUUUCCUGAUUCGCCGUAUCAGGGGAAGUCGCAGCGUUGGGAGGAGAACGUAGAGAAGGGUAUUUACAAUUGCCGCUUCUUGACUCUGUUAGCUGUUUUGGGAUCUUUGAUUGGAUCAUUUCUAUGUUUCUUAAAGGGUUGCACAUAUGUUGCAUCAUCAUUCCAAGAUUACUUUCUGAACCAUGGGAGAGGGAUCUUAAUGCUGGUUGAGGCCAUUGGUAAUCUAAUCCUUUGGGAACAGUCAUAUGUGUAUCUUUUGGGAACAGUCAUGUUGGUUUUCGGCAUGGGUCUGUAUGAGCUUUUUAUCAGCAACCUCGACCUUGCACAGUCCACGUCAGAAAAAACGACCACUCACCAAUCUAAUCUCUUCGGCUUAUUCGUUCUAAAGGAAAGACCCAAGUGGUUGGAAAUAAAGUCCGUUAAUGCGCUCAAAACCAAGCUUGGACAUGUGAUCGUGAUGCUUCUGCUCAUCGGGUUAUUCGAAAAGAGUAAGAAGGCCGCCAUACUAACGGCUACGGAUUUAGUUUGUUUCUCAGGUUGCGUGCUACUAUCUUCUUGUUCCUUGUAUCUGCUAUCGAAACUUCAGUAGAAUCGUUGGCUUUACAUAAGCUGGACGGAAGUCUUCGUGAACGGGCCUUUCUCGUGUUUGUAGAAAAAAACGGUUUUCGUGGCUCGAUUCGCAUACCCGUAUCACAAUGCUGGUAUGGCACCUAAUCUUUUUUCAUGUAGAAUUGAUGUAUAGUAAAUAUGGAGUGUGUACAAUGGAAUAUAACAUGUUUUUAAAUAAAUAUACAAUGUCCCUACCAUCAAGUUACUUUUUUCAUAA